AUGGCGGUGACCAUGAAGAGAAAGCGUUUGAUCUAUCCAUCAAAAUCCAGUACUAGGGUUUAUCUUCAAACCCUAGUGGACAGUGGCUUGGCACGGCGGAGCACAACCAGAAUGGUCGCCGGUGCGUUCUACAUACCCAAACAGAACCCGGCGAAGCCUCUCGGAGAAGACGCGCACUUUAUCUGUUCGGAGGCGCAGACGAUCGGCGUAGCGGACGGCGUCGGCGGCUGGGCAAAGAUGGGCAUCGACACCGGAGAGUACGCCAGAGAGCUGAUGUAUAACGCCGUCUUGUCCGUCCGUCAUCAGAUACACACAGUCGGCAGCGUGGACCCCAUGAAUGCCCUUGACGAAGCCUACGUGGACACCGACGCAGAAGGCUCUUCCACGGCGUGUAUCUUGACGUUAGUUGACGACUGCGUGAUCGCCGUCAACGUCGGAGACAGCGGCUUCGCAGUCCUACGCGGCGGGAAAAUCGUCUUCCACUCCCCGGCUCAGCAGUCGCGGUUUAACUGUCCGGUUCAGCUGGGGAAAACGUGCGACGACUCAUCCGUGGCCGAGAAAUUCGAGGUGAAAGUGAAACCUGGAGAUAUCAUCGUAAUGGCGACGGAUGGAUUGUUCGACAACGUUCAUGAACACGAACUGGAAGAUUUGGUUUCCGCAGAAUGUCGUCUUGACGACAAGAAGCCGAUGAAGUUGGCGAGGAAGAUUGCACGGUACGCGCUUAACAAUUCCGAGAACGAAAACAUCCAUACUCCAUUCUCGGCGGCAACCAGGAUCGCCGGAAUCGACGAGGAUGCCAUCGGCGGCAAGUACGAUGAUAUAACAGUGGUAGUUGCUUAUAUUCAAUAA